AUGUUGAAAGGUAGAGUGAAACAAAGGCGUGAGCCGCGAGUUCGUGGGGUGCGGCGCGAGCGCGCCGUCGACUGGGGCGACUACGCCAAAGCCGUUCGCGGACGCCGCUGUGGGCGGCGCGCGCUGGCGGCGGCGCGCUGGCCCGCGGGGCUGUGGCGCUGGCACGCGCUGGCGCGGCGCUUCAAGGCGAACGCACGCCGCGCCCCCCCGGAGCCGGCAGUGCGCCGGCCCUCGGCCGCCGCCUUCUAUGUCUUCGGCAUCUUCUGCCAGCGAGGGCACGACAUUACCCCGGAGUCGCUGCCGUGCCGCGUGGUGUACUUCACGGCGUACCUGACGGCGGUGACGCUGCUGGCCGCCUACUCGGCCGGCCUCAUCGCCUUCCUCACCGUCUUCGAGAGAAUAAAAGAGGUUGUGAGGAAACGAAAGGCGGGGGGCGCUGCGCAGCAAGCCAAGGACCCGCUGCUGCGAGAGGUGUACCGGCGCCUGAUCGCGCCGGGGCUGGCCGACCUGCCGACCGACCACGCCGAGGUGCGGCGGCGGCUGUGCGCGCCGGGCGCGCCGCCCUACGCCUACAUGCGCUCGCGGAUCCUGGGGCUGAGCGGCGCGGGCUACGAGCGCUGCCACGUGGCCGCCGUGCCGCACGUCUCCUUCCCAGAGGCGCUGGCCACUCGGCUAAGUCUUCAAGAACUGAAACAGCAAGGGAUUCACCAGAGAAUUCUGCUAACAUUUUGGCCAAAAAUGGAACCUUUGGAUGAAAACCCAUAUUCCAUAGUUGGACUUGAGAACGUAUUGCCUGUUUUAGUUAUUCUUUCAAUAGGUGUCAUAAUGUCAGGUUUAUUGCUUCUGGCAGAAAUUGUGGCAUACAAAAUUAUGCAAUCUCAUAAACUUGAUUAUACUGACAAGACACCUGAAGACCAGACGGAACCAGAGGGUGAUAAUAGAUUCUCAUUAAGCUCAGCAACAAGUGUGCAUGAGCGUAUUUCCAGUGGCAGUAAAGACACUCCAGAACAAUUUCAUAAUUCAAUGGUACCUAUUAGAGAGGAAAUUGUAGAAUUGCCAGACGAGUACGAAAUAGGAAAGAGAAGACUGCGCCACACUGUUGCAGCCUCCACACUGGAUACAACAUAA